AUGGCGCUAAUAAAAAAAGGACUAAAAGAGAAAUCCAUUGUUGUACUGGUGUCGUUGGAAAUAGAAGGCGCGUUUGACAAUGCCUGGUGGCCAGACAUUAUCAAUGAGCUUCACUCCAAAAAUGUUGACGCGUCUAUGUUAAAGCUCAUAAAUAGCUACUUGUCGGAAAGAGAAAUACACCUCAAGUACGCUGGACAAGAAAUUAAUAAAUCGACAAAUAGAGGUUGCAUCCAAGGCUCUACAUGUGGACCCAUGUUCUGGAAUACUCUACUCGAUCCAUUAUUGCAAACAACGGAGAACACACAAGCCCAUGUACAAGCCAUUGCAGACGAUAUCUUGAUUAUCGCCAGUAACCAAGAUGGACAAAACUAG